AUGGCCUUCGUAUCGCAGUUCGCCUUCAGGGCACAAAAGUCGACGGGGCUCGUGAGCGGCGCGCCGUCGUACAAGGCCGUCGACGGCUUCGAAGCGCCAUCGGCCCCGACUAGGACGUUCACCUACUCGCCCGACGGGCGCCUAUUCGCCAUCGCGCUCCCGGACAAGGUGCAGAUCUUCCAGGCGGAGAAUGCGCACCUGCUCCAGGACUUGCCCCUGCCGAACAUCGUCGAGAUCGCCUUUUCCCCGCGUGGCACUUACCUGAGCACGUGGGAGCGCCCGCAGAAGCUGGCCGAGGGCGAGCAACACAAGAACCACCGUAUAUUCUCGGCAUCGACCGGCGAGCAACUCCUGGCGCUCACCCAGAAGGCGCAGGACGGCUGGGAUGUGCAGUACACCAUCACAGAGUCUCACGCUGUGCGUCUUGUCGGCGCGGAGGUGCAGGUGUUUAGCCCUGUCGACUGGUCCAAAGGCGUGAUCGACAAGAUCCGCGUCGAGGGCGCUACACAGGCUGUGCUCUCGCCCGGGCUGAACCCUUCGCUCGCCGUCUUUAUUCCCGAAAAGAAGGGUCAGCCUGCGAGCGUCAGAGUCUAUUCGCUUCUGACGCCUGGAUCACCGCCCAGCAGCCAGAAGACAUUCUUCAAGGCUGAGAAGGCCACCAUCAAAUGGAACGCUUUGGGUACCCAAGUCCUUGUUCUAACCCACACCGACGUCGAUGCCACCAACAAGUCUUACUAUGGCCAGACUGGUCUCUACUUGCUCUCAGCUGCAGGCAACUUCGACUGUCGUGUGCAACUCGACAAGGAGGGUCCUGUACAUGACUUCGCUUGGGCUCCUGGUAGCCGCGAGUUUGGCGUCGUGUACGGCUACAUGCCAGCCAAAGCCAUGCUUUUCGACGGUCGCGUGCGCACAUUACACGACUUCGGCACGGGCUUCUACAACUACCUCUCCUUCAACCCCCAAGGCCGUCUCAUCGCCCUCGCCGGCUUCGGCAACUUAGCAGGCGAGAUGAACAUCUUCGACCGCCGCUCCCUAACGCGCGUGGCGACCAUCGACGCAGCCAACACCUCGCACUGCGAGUGGUCGCCCGACGGUCGCACGUUGUUGACCGCAACGCUCUCCCCGCGCUUGCGCGUCGACAACGGGAUCAAGCUCUGGCACGCCCUCGGCGCGCUCUUACACGUCCAAAUGAUCGACGAGCUGUACCAAACCUCAUGGCGCCCUACACCCGUCGACUCCGCACCAGGCUUCCCGCAAGCCAUCCCUCAGCCGCCCGCACCAUCGCAAGCGGCCACCGAUUACCUCGCCCAAGCUAAACCCGCGCCGCUUAAGGCAGGCGGCGCUUACCGCCCGCCUGGCGCACGUGGAACAACCGCCUCGUCCGCAUACGCGCGUGACGAUGGCUCUGGACCGCCUUCUGGUGCCAACACUCCUCGUAGCCCGCGUAGUCCCGCACCGGGAAGCGGAGGGAGGAGGUUCGUGCCCGGCGCGGCGCACAGCCCCAGUCCGGGUCCGGACAAUAAGGAGAAGAAGAAGCGGAGGGAGAAGCCGCCGCGCGCUAGCGCGAACCCUAAUGCGAAUGGCAAUGGCGCGGCGAAUGGGAAUGGGCAGGCUAAAGCGGCUGCUGCUGCUGAGCCGGUGAAGACGGCUGAGAUUGAGCCGGCUGGGGGCGAGGCGUCGUUGGAUCCUGCUGCUAAGAAGCUUCGCAACUUGAACAAGAAGCUCAAGGCGAUCGACGAGCUCAAGGAGAAGCAGGCGCGCGGGGAGCGGCUUGAGGCUACGCAGCUCAAGAAGAUCGAGAGCGAGGCGGAGAUCAGGAAGGAGCUUGCUGCUAUCAACGGUGAUGGCGCGUAG